AUGCUCGACGGAUUACUCGCGGGACUGGAGAGCGGACGCGCCCCGCUGCUGCGCCGCCUGGUCAUCAGCGGGAUGUGUCUGGAGGCCGACGGGUGCAAGCACCUGCGCGCCGUUCUGCAGAAGAAGGCAUUGCCGAAGCUGCAGGAAUUGCUCAUGGCGGAGAAUAAUAUUAUGGAGAAGGGAGUGCUGGCGGUGCUGCUGGCGCUGCGGGAAACGUCGUGUCCGGUCCGAGUGUUGGAUUUGUCGUGGAACAAUCUGACCGAUGAGGGAGCGAAGUAUAUUGUGAACUUUUUGAAUGGGAAGUCGAAGGUGAAGCUGGAUCUGCUGCUGCUGAAUCAAAAUGAUAUCGCGUUUGUGAUUCCGGACUUGCAGAAGGCGCUGAACCGGAGAGGAAUCCGAAGUCCGAAGCUGCAGGAACAAUGGUUAUAA